AUCAUGAUACUUAUCAUACCAAUAUUAGGACUAGUAAAUUUAUUGUAAUGAGAUAAGCAUAUGUGUACACAAAUGAAAAAUGUUCCACGAAGAAGAAGAACAGUCUGAGAAAUUAAUGGCAAUGAGUAGAGCAGUGCAAGACAAAAGGAGGGAGACGGAAGAGGAGGUAGAACCAUAUGGAUGUUGCUGUUUUAAGCCAAGAUGGUUGCAGUUCUUCAAUACUAUACAAUGGAACGUAUUCUGGCAAUGUGUAUUUAACUUUUUUGAAGGAUUCAUUGUCAAUGGCGUCGUAAACGUCAUUAUUCCAGCAUUAGAAAAAAGAUACAACCUCUCCAGCAAACGUUCCGCUAUCAUCGCCUCCUCCAAUGACUUUGGAGCUUUCAUUUUCUUUCUUUUCAUUGGGUAUAUUGGGGAGCGUGUGCAUAAACCAAAGUUAAUGGCAGCGGGUGUUCUUGUGAUGUCGCUUGGGAGCUUUUUGUUUCUACUGCCUCAUUUUAUUGGAAAGAAAUAUCACUAUACUUUAUCAGACAGCAAUGCGAAUGAAAAUACAACUGAAGCUGUGUGCAGCUUGUCCCGUGCCCCUGAAUCGGAGCAAUGUACCGGGACGGAUUCCGAUGCAUCAACCUUUGUAGAGUAUUAUGCUAUGUUCAUCCUUGGACAGAUAUUUCAUGGUAUCGGAGCGGUUCCCAUGUUUACCAUAGCACUCACGUACAUCGACGAAAACUGCAAGCAGAAAAUGACAUCUCUUUACGUCUCGCUGACGUUCUGCUCCGCUGCUGUUGGUGUUGCAGUUGGGUACAUUGUUGGAGGACAAACUCUUGGAUUGUUCGUGGACAUUGAUAAACUGUCUCCAAAUUCAGUGGAGUUGACUCCAGAUGACCCACAGUGGGUUGGGGCUUGGUGGAUUGGUGUCGUCAUAAGCUUUUUUGCUUUCUUCUUUAUUGUAUUACCUACCUUGGGAUUCCCAAAGCGUCUUCCAGGAUAUAACGAGUUGCAAAAGCAGAAAGUUUCAGAAGCAUACACUUCCGGAAACGACGAAACAACUACGAGACCAGACUUUGGAACAAAGCUCAAGGACAUCCCCAAAGCGAUAUGGCUGCUGCUAAAGAAUCCGACGUACGUGUUCAUUAUACUAGGAGCGACCAUAGAGUUAAUGGUGGUAGGAGGGACUGCAGUGUUUGGAGCUAAGCUGAUACACGUUUUGUUUAAUGUGGAUUUAACAACGGCAGGAAGUGUGAUGGGCAUUAUAACUAUCCCUGGAUCUGGUGGGGGUAUGCUGCUGGGAGGAUAUCUACCAAAGAAAAUGGCUCUUCGUUGCCGUGGAAUCAUCAAACUGUGCUUAAUUUGCAUGUCUAUCUGUCUUUUGUUCGCCCCCACAUUUCUGAUUAACUGUUCCGAUCAACCACUUGCUGGUCUGAACACUCCGUAUGCUGAACAAAGUUCUGUACAAGGAUUGAUUACGACAUGCAAUAAAGAAUGUGGGUGUACAACAGCAGCAUUUGAACCCAUCUGUGACACCAACCACACCGUGUAUUUUUCUCCAUGUCACGCGGGUUGUACAAACGUCUCAACGGUGAACGGAGUAAAGUCGUACUUUAACUGCUCGUGUAUCGAUACUCCUGCCAAUAAAUCAGCUGCUGUUAAUGGUAGCUGCGCAGAAAAAUGUCCUUGGUUCUAUGCAUUUUGUGUCCUAUUAUUCUGCAUUAUGUUUUUCACAUUCAUGACAAUGUCUCCAGUUGUCACAUCGAUAUUCAGAUGUGUACCUGAUAAUCAACGAUCUUUAGCCUUAGGAAUUCAACUCUUGGUUGGUCGUCUGUUAGGAACAACACCUGGGCCGGUGCUGCUUGGAUACAUCAUUGACAAGUCUUGCACGAUUUGGCAAGAAGAGUGUGGAGAAAAGGGCUCCUGUUGGACCUAUGACAAACAUGAUUUGGGCAUGCGGAUAAUGAUUUGGUGGUUGGUUUUAAAGGCAAUGGGAGUGAUAUUUUUCUACACUGCCUAUAGACUUUACAAGCCCCCACCAACACUGGAAGAAAACCAAAAAGUGGAAAUAGCAACCAUACAGUGCAAUACAGACAGAGAAGUUACCAAAUUGUAGAAGGGACAAUUACCUUUAUAUAAGAAACACAAAAAGUGAUAACAGAAAAGAAACACUAAAUAACAUGCAUCCAUAAUUUAAUUUUUAAAGUUAUGUCAAUAAUUUGUAGUCAUUUUUUGUCGAAAGUCAUCAGAUAUACUUGGUUGGUCGUUUUGCCGCCUUGGGUUUCAACUGCUUCCUUAUUUUCUGAACGAUUACAUAAAUGAGUGUUGCUAUGACGAUCGAUCCGCCUACACUUCCAGCGCCAAUACCAGCUGCUUUCAGAAGCUGAUCCAAAGUAGCCCUCGGAUUCGUCGUAAUGACGUGUGUUGUUUUCCCCUUGUUGUGACAUGUACACCUCACUCUUCCAUAUUUUGCUGCUUUAUUCUGUGUUAUUUAGAGGAAACAAACGAAUAAAGAUGCUUUAUC